GUGCACCCAUUCGCAAUAUAAAGACACAAAUACUAUGAGAAUCGCAUUAAAAAGAUCAUUAUGCACUACACACUUGCUGUUAGUGUUGACGUCUGUAAUUGUCUUGAAAAGUGUCAAUGCAGAUGAUCAGCAAACUGAGCCCAGGUCUCCCUUGGUAUCACCCCCACCAUCUGCAACCACAGGCACCCAGGAUUUUAAUGUGCACCCCGAGAGCAUCGUUCAGAGGCUGGCCGAGCUAGAGGAUGUUGAGUUAAAUGACAAACAGGGCGUGGAUUUGAAGUCAGAGCUGGUGGGUGAGCUCAAUCGCCUCGUAAGUGAUACGGCAAAUAUAAUAGGCCGACCACGCGAAGAUGUUUACAACGGUAUUGACGCCCUUAUUAGGGCUAGAACCAGAGGCAGGCCCAGGCCCAAGGGCGAGCCACGGAUGCACGUCAACCCAAAAGACCUUAUAGGAUUAAUGUAUAACGAUGGGAGUCGCAAAUUUUUUGGGCGGAUGUUUAGUUUAUUCCACCAGCUCGCCAGCGCGUACGUUAAAUCGGUUUCGGCAAAUGGUUUUGAUACCAGCACCAGUACAACCAGCACCACCAUGGGCGCCAGUGUACAAUUGACAUCAGAAGAAAGCUCAGAGCCAAAACCAACACCGACACCAACGCCCAUACCGACAAGCUCUGAAAAUACGACUAGCACAAGUGCCACUGCCAGUUCAAGUACCAGCAAGAGUAGUAUUUCGACGACCAGCAGCAAAAAGAAUAGCAGCGCAAAAAGCACCAGUAGCGAUGUCGACUAUGAUGAUGACGACGAUGAGGACGACGACGAAUAUUAUGAUGAGGAUGAUGAAGGUGAUAGCGAAAAUGGCAGCGAACACAGCGACAAGAAGCCUCGAAAUGGAAAUGGAAACAGCACAGGCAAAAGCCAAGGGGCAAAGUAUUGACAUGGCUCGAGCGCAUGCUGCUAUUUAGGCUUUAAUUUAUGUUUAUGUUAUCACUUGCGCUGAGGAAAAAAAUAAAGGAAGCCUGGGUG